CCGUACGUGGCUUUUUUUCUCUGGAUGCUGCUGUCGCAUCUUCCCGGUUGAGCAACGCCCAAAAUUUCGAAGUGGUACAAGUUAUAGCUCGGCCUCUUCAGGCUCCGAGAGAGGAGUAAGAUGACGGUGUUUGUAAGCGUCGGGGGUUUAGAGUAUGUGGCUGCUGGUGGCUGGAGCACCAGCGAGGUGCCGCGUUGCGGUAUCUGCCAAACAAGUAUUUCGGGAAAUCCAUCCGACCAACACUGGUAGUUACCGGCAUUACCACCUACUAGCUAGUAGUACAUUUUCUACAUAGAUUCGAAGGAUUCUCCACGCAAAGUUUCCAGCUGGCUGCUGGCCGAAGCAGAGCAUCUCCUCACUAAGAUUUGCCGGCGAUGGAUCAGUUUGCCUGAGUUCAUUUUGCAUGUCAAUCAAUCAAUCAAUCAAUCAAGAACUGUUAGAAACGACCGAGAAUGGAAUCUGAUGGCGUAGCCUUUGAUACCUAUGAAGCUGCCGAGGAGCUGGGUCUCCCCAAGAGCUUUACACCAUUUCAUGCGAGAUUAUUCGAUCUUUGCCUCUCGGAAAUCAGUCACAGCUAUUCUCAUGAGAGCACUGAUGCCAUUAUUCCACCACUAGAGAGCGAAAAUGGAAAAGUGUUGACCCUGAAGGACCUAUCAACCUUGGCACUCAUGACAGAGCGAGAAUUCGUUGCUUCCCUCAGACAAGACUUGAAAGGGCCGACGGAAGCGUCCGAUCAAGCCGAGCCACAUGUCUUUGACGUAUAUCUCAUGAAAAUCACUUUGGAUAGCACUACAUUGCGAAGAUCUGCAGCCCGCAAGAUUGCCGUGGUGGUGCCGUACAAGAGGCAACUUCUGUGGUGGAAUGGAUCGGCCUCUUCCGACGAUUAUGGAAACACUGAUCAUCAUUUUUGGUCAAUCAAACCGGACAAGUCUCAUGUCCGAAAGAUUGCCAGUCUGGCAGGUGUAGCACGUGUCUUGGGGGCUCUUUCCGAGGCCAGAAAAAUAGUCCGCAGAGGAGAUAAAGGAAGAGGGAUAUGCCUCGUUGCCAGUGCUAUGCAACGACAAGGCAUCUUAUCUGUUGCCGGUAUUUCAGAACCAAAGACAUCCUUCUUCGGUCGGCUCUUUGGAGGAGCUACAGCUCCGUUAUCAUCAAUUGUCGAGAAGAUGAAUCCAUCGCAGCGAAGGGCUGUGGAUGCUGUCGCACACCUAGACGAGGGCUUUCUUUGCAUCCAUGGACCUCCUGGGACUGGUAAGACGACAACCAUGGUUGGCAUGAUACUGACGGCUCUUCAAGCACAAAGAGGUGGCGGCAUCCUUGUAACAGCUCCCUCGAAUGCUGCCGUAGCAAACGUAGCCAUUAAGUUGCAUGCAACAGGGCAAGCACCGUUUGGACAACUCAUUGUCUUCGGAGAAAACUGUGAUUCUUCUGUCCACUUUUUGAACCCAAAAUAUAGGAGCAUGAGAUAUUCCAAGUUCUAUGAAGUUUAUGACAAGCUUUGCGACGAGGCAAAGGAAGCCCCAGAUGAGAAGAGCAAAGCGAGGGCAAACAAGAAGGCAGGCAAACUACUGGAGGAUUUUGUCUCGUGGCUGCAUCUUGAUAGCAGCUUGGAUUGGUCGCUUGCGAAGCUGUCCAGGAUCUGUCCCCACAUCGAACUGGAGGAUGAUACUGAUAGCACCACAAUAGCUGGACGCAAGGUCAUGGAGCAGCUAUUGGGACGCGCUGGGGUGGUCUUCUGCACACUGAACAGUGCCGGUUCAUUUACACUCCAAACGGCAUUGGAAGGUGCCCAGUUUACAACCAUGAUGUUGGACGAAGGUGGGCAGUGCACAGAGGCCGAGUUUUUCAUUGCCACGACCUUUCCUGGCCUGAGGCGCCUCGUCAUCAUGGGAGACCCGAAACAGCUUGCGCCGACUGUGAUUGACCCAGCUUGCGCCGCUGCUGGAUAUGGCUACUCCUUCCUUGGCCGUGUCUUCCAAGCGUCCCCAAACAAUCUACAUCUGCUGGACACUCAGUACCGCAUGGACCCUGCAAUCUUAGAAUUUCCGAACAAGCGCUUUUACAAGAAUCGCAUCCAGAGCGGCAACAAUGUCCUACAAAGAGAGCCUGUUGUCGCACAGCCCUUUCAGUUUGUAGACACCAUGAAGCGUGGACGAGAAGAAAGCGUCCAUUCUUCGUAUCAGAAUCAAUAUGAGGUUGCAGUGAUCAACAUUAUGCUGCGCAGUGACAAAGAUAUCAAGACUAUAUUGCAGAAUGGGGAUGCCGACACGAAAGUUAUCAUCAUCACUCCCUAUAAGGCUCAAAUGCUGCUUUUGCAAAAGCAAAUUAAGCUACCUAACGGAAGUAAAGGUCACCUCGUGAUUGCGACAGUUGAUUCUUUUCAAGGGCAGGAGGCCGAUAUCGUCAUUGUUACCACGGUUCGAACACGCAGAGUCGGCUUCACCGAUGAUCCACAGCGCCUGAACGUGGCCUUGACCCGUGCCAAAAGGAUUCUGCGAGUGGUAGGAGACAGACACUUUUUUGAGAACUUGCCAGGUAACUCCACGUUGAAGGCUUUAGUCAGGCAUGCUUCAAAUUCGCAGUGUAUCCACCAGUCGCAGAUCAAAGGCCUGCCGUUUUGCCCCCCAGACUGGUCUAGACCAAUGCUCUGGAAGAUGGCCUUGACUCAGCGCUUUCAUGACUGUGUACUGAAAAUGAAGGAUGAUAGGAAGAAGAACAUUUGUUUCAACACUCUCGUUGCCAUUGCAACCCCAGACCUGAAGUCAUUAAAAGGAGGCAGAGUUCCACCAAUGCAAGGAUGGAAGCUUAGCUGUUUGUCUGGUGGGGGCAGCGAGGAGCUCUAUGUGGUCUGGAUAGUGAGAGCAAACAAGUCUGGCGAGGAUCCAACAGUCGAGGCUCACUACGCUGGAGAAAAGAAGGAUUGUCUAAGGUUCGCACAAAAGAACCACAAGCCCCCUAGCGGGUCGCUACCCCCCAAAGAUGAUAUGAGCGGAGUUGUUAAAGACUCCGUCGAGCCAACUCCGGAAGAAAACGGAACCAUGUUUACUAGCUGGAAGUUAGACAAUGGGCUACAGCGCGCGAUUCUAUCCGGCAAACUCCCAGAGCUUCCUUCGGGAAUGUUGGAACUAGAUCCGCCACAAGCAGCAGUUGCAAUGUCAGAUCCUCCACUACUGAUCGAAUCAAGAUCUGGAACUGGAAAGACACUAGUGCUUCUGCAACACGCGGCAUUGAAGACUCGACAUGACCAAACUCGACCUGCAUGCUUUGUCACCGUGUCGCAACGGCUGAAAGAAGAAUUGAAGCAGAAGUAUGAAGAGCACAAGCCCGUUUUGUUCGAUGAUCUACCCGAAACUCAGUUCUUUGCUUUUCGCGAGCUCCUUGAUAAGCUCCUUGACUUCUCACAGGUUGAUGAGUUUCGUGGGAUGGACAUCUGCACAUUUUAUGGAUACUCUCGGUCUAGAAAGUCGCAUGAGCGGCAACUCAUGGAACCUCAGUUGAUCGAAAAUGAAGUGGGCGGUGUCAUCAUGGGUUCCUUGCCCGCGGCCAAGCAGAAAGCUCCCCUAGGAAGAGAAGAGUACCUGGUCGACAAACGCAGUAACAUUUCGAACAAAUCGACAGAAGGGAAAAGGUUGCGAGAGCUCGUAUAUGAUGAGUACACCAAGUACGUGUCCUGGAAGAGAGAGACAAGCAAGUUUGACAUCGCCGACGUUGUUUUGAGACUGCUGAAGGAGAAUCUCCCACAAGUCUUCUCGUCUGCAUAUCUCGAUGAAGUCCAGGACCUGUCGCACGCUUCCAUCUAUCUCAUUUGUUCGAUAGCAGGGAAAGACAGCUUGCAUUGGGUAGCCGCGGGCGACCCAGCUCAAAUGAUUUCGCCUGGCUGUUCCUUCACGUUCGACGGACUCAAGCAAACCUUUUUGUCUGUAGCUCCGGGAAUCGAAGCGGAGUUGAAAGAUGUCCACCAUCUUGUAGUAAACUAUCGAACAACGAAGGACAUCCUGACCAUGGCCAACACCAUCCUUGACAUCGCAAAGAAGAAGUUCCCUAAUGCUAUUGAAUAUGCCCUUCCAGAGACAGCCAAGAAAGAUCUUGGAUUGAAAGUUGUCAUGUGUAGGUGGCGGGAUGCCAUGACAACAAACGUGAAAUUCGGGCGGGAUCAGGCUUUUGUUUUUGCUCCAAGUGACUCAUUGCCUCUUCAACAGGAUGCUGAAACAUGGCUCAAGGGGCAUCCAUUCAUCUUGUCGUCGCUGGAGUCGAAGGGGUUGGAGUUCCAAGAUGUGGUUGUUGCCUUCGAUUUCGAUAGGAAGACAUGGGAUGUGUCUCGAAAGCUUGAAGGGUCUCUUCGCAUGCUGCGUGAGCUUUACGUGGCUGUUACCAGGGCCCAACGACGGGUCGUCAUUUUGAUCAAAAACGAAAUAGACAAUAUGCAUGCUUUCUUCCGGGAGCUAGACUGUGAGGAAAUGCAGGCCAGCGUCGUAUUUCAGGAAUUCAAUCGCGAAACUACAAGUGAGCAAUGGUUUGAUCAGGGAGUGCAGCACUUCGACAGUGCUCAAUUCGAAUUGGCAUCAAGAUGCUUCACCAGGGCAGGACAUCACGGUUGGUCUUUUCUCGCCAAAGGCGAAGAUUCCUUGAGGGUAGGAUUGAAGGAAAAAGCAUCGGAAUACUUCCACAGAGCUGUCACUCCUUUUCAAGAACGGCAAGAUACCAAAAAAGUGCUCGACUUGCUGAAGAAAUUGGUGGAUACUAGAACAGAGUGGGACGCUAUCAACGACGAUAUCUUCUCGCAAGCGCUCCAAUCUUGCCCAAGGCACUUACCAAGGGUUCUGGGCGUUGAAUUUCACCUUAUCCGUGGUAAUUGGAACGGCAUCAAACCCAACGACUUGGCUGAUCGCUCUCUGGCCUCCCUUUUUGGAAGUUACAGGAAGCAUUCGAGUUUGAUGGAUAUCGUUCGUCGCGCAUCAGACGGACAAAGGAGGGAAAUCGAACAGUCUUUGCCUUGGGCUCACGCUGACUAUCAAAUGGAUCAAGGAAAUUUUCUGGCAGCCGUCAGGAUCUUCUUAGAUUCCAACGAGGGUCAAGACGCAGCUGAUUGCAGCGAACGAAUCAUCGCAGCAAAGAGGAAAGAUGCAACUGAAACGCUUUUGGCUCUCGUGGAUCUCUGGAAGGAACACACCUCCACAUCAAGAGCUUCGAGAGUGGCGUUGGCGAGAGAAGGCAAGCUUUCGUUACUGCUGCAGUUGUUUGGAUCAACAGAUGACACAUCUUCUUCCCGAGGUUCCGAAUGCCUGGCAUCCUUUGGAAAAGACUUGGUUAGACACGCUGUAGAGAAAGCAGGAUUGGAUUUCACUUGUCUAUUGACCUUCGGAGCCGACGAGUUCAAGGAAGAGGUUACGUGUGUUCUGGAAAAGAGGUUCGAGCAAGACUCCACAUUGGUUGUUGACUGGUUUCUUGCAGCAGGGUAUCAAAAGCUCGCCGUGGCCUAUGUCACAAAUAGACAUUGGCCACAUCUUGAUCUCUUGCGACUUGUUUUGCUUUUCCGUGCCAGGCCAAAGUGUCUAUUUCGGUUGCUGAAGGAUGAAGAGCUGCUGGAGGCAGCUGCUGUCUUGGUGUUGAGAAGCCGCCACCUCAGCGAAGACAACAAAAGCGAGUUUUUCAACCAGUACAGAGCAUUUGACUCGAGCAAAGUCCCUGGCCUGGUCAUGAAACAAUCGAAAGAUCACUCACUCCUCUAUGCGCCUAAUAGCGGAGUCUUGUGGCGGAUCGGGGCAAAGAAGCAGUACUUUGAGGAAUUGUUUUUCAUCUGCGAACGUCUGGGCUCGAUUGAUGCGGCAGUCAACGUAUCGAUUGUAGCACUUUCAAGCCAUGAGUUGGCGGCGCAAAACGUUUCCAGAAUCCUCCAUGAGUGGGAGGAAAGAGGAGGUCUCAGCAGAUCCGCAAUGGCUCAUCAGAAACUGCUUCUGUUCAUAGCAAUGACCCAAGAUGCAGCCAAGGAAACCAAGCCGGGCAAGCUCUCGGAGCCAUUUGGUUUUGACGACUUCGCCGACAAAACCUCUCGCUGGACAGACGUCUCUACCCGCUUUCUUGACUGGGUCGAAGAAAUCUGUGCUGUCGCGGAUCUCGAAACGGGGUUUUGGCCGCUCGUAAAGGCAUUCGGUCCAGUAGCUGCGACCUACGUUCGACUGGCCGAUGGAAGACACGAUGAGGGCUUCCUGGGUUCUCUUUGCGCUCACCACAAGGAGCUACUCGAGAAAUUGGCCUUGCAACGUCAAAAGGUAGAAGGAGGAAGAGUCAAGGCGAAGCUGGGUGCUGGAACGAAGUCGGCAGCUGGACCCACCUCCAACGAGAAGACCAAAAGAAAAGGAAAAGGAAAGACGGAAAUUACCGUGAGCGGAACCCAUCAAGCAGAGAAAGGAAACAAGAAGAAAGCGAGAGGAAACAAGAAAAAGAAGAGGAAUCGAAAAGGCUAAGCAUAGCCUUCAGUGGAGAGUUUUGUGUUUUCUUUUGUAUUACUUUAAAAUGCUCAUUACAUUGACCCACCCAUGAAGCUGCCCUCCUUUGACGCUGGAUAGUCGUCGCCCCUCGAAACUAUGGAAUAGUCCUCCUGUCAUCGUCGCCACCCCUUUUGUCCGCUUGUUGUCUUAUCGAGUUUGUUUUACCGGGUACCACAUUGCUUUCUGCCCAAGCGAAGCUGCGAACCAAGCUUCAGGUACCUGGUACCUGUACCUGAGACUUAGCUAGCUCGCUUUAACGUUUCCUCGUUGGAUAGUUAACAUUGUGUUAAAACGCUCUUUCGUUCUCGGCUUGGAAAAGUGGUGUCGAUUGAUCAAGCACAGAACUCAUUGGCAGUGAUACAGUUUCUACGAUGCAGUGCUCAAGUCAAGAAUCCGGGAGCCAACAAGGUGAAUAGUAGAAGCACCAGACUUGUCCCAAGUCUUGCGAGAGGAACAUCGGCACUACUCUCGGCUGGCGCAGGCAUCGUUGCUGUUGGCGCCGCGGUUGUACCUGGGGCUAGGGUGUCUGUGGCUGUUGGAAUCGCUGUUCCUGGUGUGCCGGGAGCGAUUGUCUCGUCUGGCGGCGGGCCAGGCGAAGGGGCUUCUGUCGGCGAAUCCGGGUCCACGCAACAUUCAAAGGCAAACGCUUGAACGCUGCUGCAAAGAUUAUAUGUUGUCACGUAGCUUGCAAAGUCUAAGAGAUCUCCACAGGUGGCACCACCAGCCAACUCUGGUGCUUUAUUGAUUUGUCUGACUAUCUGACCCUCGGGGCAGAAUGUGCACUGGUUGGGAGGCUCGAACCCUGUGCAUCCACAGUAUGCAGACGAAUCAAAUGAUUGGCUUGCCAUUUCUUGGGCACAUUCGGAGGUCAAGCGAAUGGAGGCAUAGUCGUUGACUUCUUUGCAGGUAGUACCCAACAAGGGAAUGGGCUUGUCAGUUUCGGGUGGAACUUCUCCAAGUUGACAGAGUGUGCAGGCAGGAAUGGCAUCAGCACAUUCGCAAAAGUAGGGAAAUCGAGUUUGGACGUCCUCACAAGACAUUGGGUGGCCAAAGUCUGACGCCAAACCAAUAUUCGCACAUGUCAGACCAUAUGGCUCAUAUAGCUUAUCCUCAUUGAAAAGGACCCCCUCACAGACAGGGCACUCUUCGAUGGGUUGGCAACAUACUUGAGAGCUAUCUGCGAUUGCCUGGCAGGACGCCUCAUCGGUGAUGUAGCUCAAGUACUCGUCCAUUUCUUGGCAAGUCAGCCCCCCUGUGUCUGGUAAAACCAAAUCCGGAUUAGCAAUAUCCAUUCCUAGGGGACAAAGGCUGCACAGACUGGAUGGAAAGGUCCCUUGGCAUCCGCAAAAACCCUGCACAUUGACAG